AGCUAAAACGGCGUGCGAGGGAUUUCACAAGCGAGAUCCUGAACCUCAGGAACAAAGAGGCGACCAGGAUCAUAUAAAGACCGGCAUGGCAGAUUACCUGAUAAGUGGAGGAACAGGCUAUGUUCCAGAGGAUGGCAUGUCCGCCCAGCAGCUUUUUUCCAUUGGAGAUGGACUCACCUACAACAGAUCAGACAUGCAGUCUGUCCGAGAUGGACUCACAGCAGAAGAGCUGUGCUCUAAAGCCGAUGGUAUGACAUACAAUGAUUUCCUGAUUCUGCCUGGCUUCAUUGACUUUACCUCAGAUGAAGUUGACUUGACCUCAGCCCUGACCAGGAAGAUUACACUAAAGACGCCACUCAUCUCUUCACCCAUGGACACAGUCACAGAGUCCUCAAUGGCUAUAGCCAUGGCUCUUAUGGGUGGGAUUGGCAUUAUUCACCAUAACUGCACCCCAGAGUUUCAAGCUAAUGAGGUUCGCAAAGUAAAGAGGUUUGAGCAGGGCUUUAUCACCGACCCAGUGGUCAUGAGUCCACAACACACAGUGGGAGAUGUAUUUGAAGCCAAGGUACGUCAUGGUUUCUCUGGAAUACCGGUCACUGAGACUGGCAAGAUGGGAAGCAAACUGGUGGGCAUCGUCACCUCCCGAGACAUCGACUUCCUGUCGGAAAAAGAUCACAGCAAACCUCUGGAGCAGGCUAUGACUCCUAGAAAAGAUUUGGUAAUUGCACCAGCUGGAGUCACACUCAAAGAGGCCAACGACAUUCUGCAGCGCAGCAAGAAAGGUAAACUCCCCAUAGUAAAUGAUAAUGAUGAGCUGGUGGCUAUAAUUGCCCGCACUGACCUUAAGAAGAAUCGAGACUACCCUUUGGCCUCCAAAGACUCACGUAAGCAGUUGCUGUGCGGUGCUGCCAUAGGGACACGUGACGAUGACAAGUACAGACUGGACCUCCUCACACAGGCUGGCGUGGAUGUUGUGGUUUUGGACUCCUCACAAGGCAACUCUGUAUAUCAGAUCAACAUGAUUAACUAUAUCAAACAGAAACACCCUGAGCUACAGGUAGUGGGAGGAAAUGUGGUGACUGCAGCACAGGCGAAGAACCUGAUCGAUGCUGGAGUGGAUGCUCUUCGGGUGGGAAUGGGCUGUGGCUCCAUCUGCAUUACUCAGGAAGUCAUGGCAUGUGGAAGGCCGCAGGGUACUGCAGUGUAUAAGGUAGCAGAGUAUGCCCGUAGGUUUGGAGUGCCAGUCAUUGCAGAUGGUGGCAUUCAGACAGUGGGCCACGUAGUGAAAGCUCUGUCACUGGGAGCGUCCACAGUCAUGAUGGGAUCAUUGCUCGCAGCAACUACAGAGGCGCCGGGCGAGUAUUUCUUCUCUGAUGGUGUAAGGCUUAAAAAGUACAGAGGAAUGGGCUCUUUGGAUGCAAUGGAAAAGAGUACCAGCAGCCAAAAGCGCUACUUCAGUGAGGGUGAUAAAGUGAAGGUGGCUCAGGGAGUGUCCGGCUCGAUACAGGACAAAGGCUCCAUUCAUAAAUUUGUGCCUUACCUUAUUGCUGGAAUCCAACAUGGCUGUCAGGAUAUUGGUGCUAAGAGCCUUUCUAUGCUACGCUCGAUGAUGUACUCUGGAGAGCUAAAAUUUGAGAAGAGGACCAUAUCUGCACAAGUGGAGGGAGGAGUACAUGGUCUUCAUUCUUAUGAGAAGCGGCUUUAUUGAAGAAAAAUGUUGAUGUUGAGGCGGAGUUCAACAGUGACCAAACACUUCAGACCUUACUGACAACCCUAAACUGAUGCCUAACUGUUCUGCCACCUUAUGCUGCCCCACCCUAGUAGAUAUGAGAAAGAAGGGGAAGUGGAAGUACCUGGUCCUAAAAGCAGGACAUGAUGGCUGUACUCACAUGAAGUUAUUAGCAACACGUUACUGACUAAUAUGUGGCUGUAGUAAUUUUAAUAACCCUAAGCUAAAGAUCUAUAUCUGAUCUAUAUCUGACUAUAUCUAUAGAAUUAAAGCCAAUAUUUUGUGUAGUAGUUUUAUUAUUGUAAAAUACAUAUUGAAAAUGUACUGGUUGUCUUUCUCCACCAGUGAGUACUCCAAAUCCAGAUCUGUAAAUGAUGUCUCACUUGUGUGGGUGUCUCAACUGCCAGCUUUAACUUAGUAUUGUAUAUAUUACUAUUUUCGGUUUGCAUUUUACUUCAACAUAAUUUUGACCAAAACUGGAAUUGAAGUAAUACGGUCAUUUAAGUUUCGGUCAAUCUGGUGUAUUUUGACUUGAAUUCAAAAUAACAUGAUUUAUUUGUGCAGAUUGCAAGUGCAAAUAUAUGUGCUGAAGUUACAUAAAGGAUUUAAGAUUUGUAUCCUUUUUUUAAGCUGUAAUUUGGCUGUAUUUAUACUACACUUUUUACUCUACAUUCUGCCAAGUGAUUUGGGUUUUGAUGGUAUCGGUUUACUAAAGCCAAACCGUUAGGGGUUUAUGGCAAUCUUGGGCUGUCAGGAAACCCAGUAAAAUGAAUAUGAAGCUGAAGAAAAUUGUAAGAAGGCUUUAUAAAUCAGCACCAUGGGCCUGGCAUACUUUUUUGUUCUUUGUGUUAGCAAUAUACUGUAUGGUCACUUGUUUUUCAUAUGCUUUACUGUAAGCUACAAUCAGUUUUGUACGCAACCAAACAAGUCAUUAGACAUGUUCGAUGUGCAAAGAUAAUCUGCAUUUUUGGGUUAAACAAUGUUGCUACAUAGUGUCUAAUCUCUUGCCCACUGUUGGAGCAUUUACAGCUCAAGUCUGCUUUGCUGUGCAUCUUAAUUGCUAUUCAUCAAAGAAUAUAUCAUCACUGAAAUAAAUUGUAAUGAUUAGUAAUA